AUUAGCAGUCAGUUAAUUUGUUGUCAGGUUUAUUGAAUUGGUAUUGAAAUAUUUGAAAAUUUAUUUCAAUACCAACUCAGUAAACGAACAGACUAGUUUUGCAUUAAAAGCCGGCAAUAUUUCUACGCCUAUUCGCUAACCAUUUCAUAUACAAUAAACAUGUCGUUGCGUUACGAGCUGAGCGAACCGAUUGCAGUUUACAGGGUAUCCUACAAGCUCUUCCUGCCGGACGUCAAGGCCCUGAUGCCGCGUGCCGCCCAAAAGGCCAACGAGCUAAAUGUGCGCGGCUACAUGACGUAUACGCAAUGUGGCUACGCGGUCAGCGGCGAGCUGGAGGGCACCCAGGAGAAGCUCGAGCAGAUGAUGUCCUGGCUGCAGCAGGAGACGCCCAAGGGCAGCGAACUGCCACAGUUUGGCCAGUAUCAGCUGCAAUUGAAGCCCGGCUACGAUGAUUUCUUCUGCUGUUAAAAAAAUUCAUUAAAUUAAGCUUGAAUAUAAAACUCGGCUGCCAAGUGCCA